UGACGACUCACCAGUGUGGUAAUUCUUGCACCGAAAUUCUCCGCUCUACGACACUCAUUAGAUAGCAUUUCCCACCGUGCCCACAGAGCAUCGAUAUCGUCCUAUAAGAAGCUCGAAAACCGGAAGCCUCAAUCUGGAAUCGCCGCUGUACGGUGCCGUUGACUCCAUGUCAUGCGUAAAAACAAGCUUCCAUCGCAUAUAUUCGCCUUCGACGUCGUCCGAUCGGCAAAUAAGCCCAGCCUAGGGUUCUUUGGAUUAUAUAUCCUCUCUUCGCACCCGCGCACUCCAACCGCGUAGCGACUCACCACCGUCUGCGCGCGACAUUCUGUUCUUACCCCCAGCAGACUGUCGUUCCUCACAAUGGUGCUUUCACUUGACGAAGCCGAGUUCAUUGGCCUCUUUCUGGAGAGCUUCAUAGCUGGGAUCUUCGUCACACUUGCGUGCGUCACCAUCUUGACGCAGUAUCGGACAUCCGAUUGCAAAGGGUACAUAUUGCCGACAAUUCUUACCAUGGUCACUUUUGCUAUAGUGCACCUUGGGAUGAAUUUCGCCCAAACCUUUGGACAAAUCCUCCCCGGUAGCUCAGGCCUUUAUUUUCUGACAAGCAAAGGCAAAAGUUUAUUCGGCGCAGACGUCUUCUUCGUCAGCUUUCAGACCUUGCUUGGGGAUGGCAUUCUCAUAUGGCGAUGCCAUGUGCUUUAUUCUAGGCGGUUCAAAGCGACGGCAUUUCCUAUCCUUUGCUUUCUCGGAUGUUUCGCUGCUUUCAUCGGAGAAGCCCGCAGUUGGUUCAUUACAAGUAUCGACUCGGAGGAUGUCGAGAUUUGGGUUGCUACCUAUCUCGCUUUGACUCUCGUUCUCAACAUUUACACGACCCUGGCGAUUUCCUUGUGGUGUGUUUAUAAUGCACGGAGAUUGGAGUUUGGCUGGCGGAUGUUGAUGCCUUUCAUACUCGUCUUCGCGGAGUCUGGAGCCCUUUACACGAUCAACGUGCUGGCAUCUUUGGUGAUGCACGUUCGAGGGUCGUUAGGCCAGCUUAUCGCCAUCGACAUGCAGCCUUCCCUUGUGGGAAUAAUCUACUGCCUAAUCAUUCUCCAAAUCAAGUUCAAGGUUGACUUGAUUGGUAGGCGCACAACUACCACAACUGGAAUUCUGGACACCGUGGAGAUCAAUGACUCGGGCAUCUCUGUGGACACUCAGCAUAGGAAUUCCCCCGAUCACUUCACGCCUUCAGCAGCACGCUCACUCAACGACCAAGCAAGGGUUUCUUUUGUCUAAAAUGGACUGUUAUCACGACUUCUCGCGUCUCUUCUCUUUUUCCAACUAACGACUUUCAUUCACCUUCUCUUUACUCUAGUCUCAUGGCUCUGUAACCAUACUUGAUGCACAUCCUGACACACGCGGCCUUCAGCAUUUCCUAUCUUUGACCUAGUCAUACUUGAUAUCUACAGUCGUUACUUGUGGACUAUUCAAUGCAAUGCCUAGUUCGUGAAUGAAAACAAUGAAAUCUACCCUCGAAAAGUGACUGGA